AUGGUAGCCAUUACUCGUUCUGCUGCAGCAUGCCAACAACAAUCGCCAAAUACAAAUAACGUAGUUCUAUCUGCUGGUGUUAGUAAAGUAUGUGGUAAGAAGAAGAAAGUAGCAAAACAACGUGCACCAUCAUCUAACAAAUCUUCAUCAACACAACCAGUCUUAACAACAACAACAACAACAACAGUAACACCAGAAAUAUUUUAUAAUAUGUCAUUAAUAACACCAACUUCUUUAUCAGAAAUUGAAUUAUCUCAUCAUCAAAACAAUUAUCAUGUUAAUGCUAUUACGAAUGAUGCUGAACAAUGUCUUGAUUUGCCACCAACUUCGUUUAAUUCGAAUAAUAAUAAUCAAGAUGAUGAUUUAUGUGUACUUGAUGAUGAUAAAGAAUUAGAUACAUUAACAUCAUGGCGAGUUGCAAUCAAUGAAAUCGAAUGA